AACCCUAAAAUUAGAUUUCCUCGCAUCAGGUACGGUCCUCUCUUCUUCGUCUUCUUCAACGAAACGCCCCACCUCAUCUUCUUCUCAUUUCUUUUGCCAAGCAACGCCAUUUACCAGACCUAGUACCAUCCUCGUCCUGCCUCAACCUUACCUUACCGCCGCCGAACCGAAUACAUUUCUACUUCAUCUGGUUCAAGAAAAAAUGGCAGCUACUUACAACUUAUCUUCAGCUGCACUUUCAUCGUCCUCAUCCGCUUUCUUUUCGCAUUCCACUUUCAGUGUCAAGAAUCCGACGGUGUCAUUGCCGGGAAAACGUGUCGGCGUUUGCAUGUGUGUUGCAACGUCUCAAGAUUCCAAGACUGCUCACAAAACAGCGGUCUCUCGAAAUGAGAACAUGGCCAAACUUCAAGCUGGCUAUCUUUUCCCUGAGAUUGCAAGGAGAAGGAAUGCGCAUUUGCUCAAGUUUCCUGAUGCAAAAGUAAUUAGCCUUGGAAUUGGUGACACUACUGAGCCUAUUCCUGAUGUUAUUACGUCGGCCAUGGCACAGAGAUCACAUGCUUUAUCCACACUGGAGGGUUACAGUGGCUAUGGGGCUGAGCAGGGGGAAAAGCCAUUGAGAAGUUUAAUUGGCAAAACAUUUUAUAGCGACCUUGACAUAGAAGAAGAUGAUAUCUUCGUCUCUGAUGGUGCAAAAUGUGACAUAACACGUCUUCAGCUUGUUUUUGGAUCCAAUGUGUCGAUGGCGGUGCAGGACCCAUCAUACCCGGCUUAUGUGGACUCGAGCGUCAUCUUGGGGCAGACUGGACAGUACCAGAAGGAUGUUGAGAAAUAUGGCAAUAUUGAAUACAUGAGGUGUACACCAGAAAAUGGAUUUUUUCCCGAUCUAUCUAAGGUUCCCCGGACAGAUAUUAUAUUUUUCUGUUCACCAAACAAUCCUACUGGCUCAUCUGCAUCUAGGGAACAGUUGACCCAACUGGUGCAGUUUGCUAAAAAGAAUGGAUCAAUUAUAGUCUAUGAUUCAGCAUAUGCAAUGUAUAUAUCAGACGAUAAUCCAAGAUCUAUCUUUGAAAUUCCCGGAGCGAAGGAGGUUGCAAUUGAGACAUCAUCGUUUAGCAAAUAUGCUGGGUUUACUGGAGUUCGACUUGGUUGGACAGUUGUUCCAAAGGAGCUUCUGUUUUCUGAUGGAUUCCCAGUUGCUAAAGAUUUCAACCGCAUUGUUUGUACUUGCUUCAAUGGUGCAUCCAACAUUUCCCAAGCUGGGGGUUUGGCUUGUCUUUCACCAGAAGGCCUUGAGGCUAUGCAUGGGGUUAUCGGGUUUUACAAAGAAAAUACUAGUAUCAUAAUGGACACAUUUAACUCGCUUGGAUUUAAUGUGUAUGGAGGGAAGAAUGCACCAUAUGUGUGGGUUCAUUUCCCUGGCCGGAGUUCAUGGGAUGUAUUUGCCGAGAUACUGGAGAAAACACAUGUGGUGACUACACCUGGAAGUGGAUUCGGACCCGCUGGAGAAGGGUUUAUCAGGGUAAGUGCUUUUGGUCACAGGGAGAAUGUUUUGGAAGCGUGCAGAAGAUUCAAGCAGCUAUACAAGUGAAAGAAGGGAGAAGAGGGAUGCAGUUUGAUGAGAGGUUCAAGUCACAGUUUUAGUUGGAAGCCAUUCUUCGCAUGGGAGUAAAUGAUGGCACCUAUUGCAUUUAGGCCUCUAUUGGGGUAAUCUCUCUUUUUGAAUGAAUAAAUUUAUAUUUCCAAUCACGUGAUUAGCCUAAUUUUUUUCUUAAUGAAGUAUUUGAAAACACACGCCCCCUUUUGUUGAGAACUUAGAGAACUUUCCGAGUUUAUUAAGGAGGAUGAUGGAUAUAGAUGAGGUGCUCGAUAUUAAGAAUAUGAAUUAUUGGUUGGGCUUACCAUCAUCCACUAACUUAAAACUCUUUUGAAUAAGAAUAUGAGCAGUUUACAUUCAAGACUUGGUCA